AUGCUCGCCUUCCUAGGCAGGAACAUGGCGAAACCGUCCAGCUGGUUGAAGCCGGUGGCGUUACGGAAGCUGCGAGGCCGCUAUCUGACCCACCAGGAGGGCCUGCCCCACCUGCCCGUCCCUCCCCUGCAGCAGACUUUGGAUCGUUACCUGCUAAUGCUGGAGCCCAUCAUUAGUGAGGACGAACUCGGCCACACCAAAGAUUUGGUGCGGGAUUUUCGGAAGCCGGGCGGCGUCGGAGAGCGGCUGCAGAAAGGGCUGGAGAGAAGAGCGCGGAAGAACGAGAAUUGGCUUUCAGAUUGGUGGCUGAAAACGGCGUAUCUGGAGUAUCGGCUGCCGGUGGUCAUCCAUUCCAGCCCUGGCGUGGUGCUGCCCAAACAGGAUUUCCUGGAUCGGCAAGGCCAACUAAGGUUUGCGGCCAAGAUGAUCGAGGGGGCUCUGGACUUCAAGACGAUGGUUGACAACGAAACUCUACCUGUGGAAUAUCUCGGCGGGAAGCCUCUUUGCAUGAAUCAGUACUACCAGAUCCUAUCGUCCUGCCGCAUCCCGGGCCCCAAACGCGACUCGGUGGUGAACUACGCCCAGGGGAAGAAAUCGCCCACCCACAUCACCGUGGUUCACAACUUUCAGUUCUUUCAACUGGAUGUUUACAGCAGCGACGGGAGCCCCCUGACCACUGAUCAGAUUUUUAUCCAGCUGGAGAAGAUUUGGAAUACAUCCCUUCAAACCAACAAGGAGCCCAUCGGGAUUUUGACAAGCAACCAUCGCAACAGUUGGGCCAAAGCCUACAACAACCUCAUCAAAGACAAGACGAACAAGGAAUCUGUGCGCACAAUUGAAAAGAGCAUCUUCACCGUCUGCUUGGACGCCCCAAUUCCUCGGGUCUCAGACGACGUUUAUAAGAGCCGAGUGGCUGCCCAGAUGUUGCACGGAGGAGGGAGUCGUUGGAAUAGUGGAAACCGCUGGUUUGACAAAACCCUCCAGUUUAUCGUGGCGGAAGAUGGAUCCUGCGGAUUGAUGUACGAACAUGCUCCGUCUGAGGGCCCCCCCAUUGUGGCUCUGCUGGAUCACAUUGUGGAGUACACAAAGAAGCCAGAGCUUGUAAGAUCCCCCAUGAUCCCGUUACCGAUGCCAAAGAAACUACGGUUUAAUAUCACCCCGGAAAUCAAGAACGAUAUUGAAGACGCCAAGCAGAAUCUCAACAUCAUGGUGCAAGAUCUGGAUAUCAAAGUCAUCGUUUUCCACCAGUUUGGGAAAAAUUUUCCCAAGUCGGAGAAGAUCAGUCCGGAUGCUUUUAUUCAAAUCGCUUUGCAGUUGGCUUAUUACAGAAUGUAUGGGGAGCUUUGCUCCACUUACGAGAGCGCCUCGCUUCGCAUGUUCCGUCUCGGGCGGACGGACACCAUUCGCUCGACCUCCGUGGAUGUGCUGAAGUUUGUCCAGUCCAUGACUGCGGACAACAUACAGGUGGGCNUCACCUCCCAUCGACCAGUACGCUCCCACAGGGUGGGUCUCCUCAGGGCCAUAAAGGGAAAUGCGAUUGAUCGUCAUCUUUUGGGCCUGAAGCUUCAAGCGAUCGAGGAUCUGGUGAGCAUUCCUGAACUCUUCAUGGACACCGCCUACGCCGUGGCCAUGCACUUCAACCUCUCCACCAGCCAGGUUCCCGCCAAGACAGACUGUGUGAUGUGUUUUGGCCCGGUGGUGCCAGACGGCUACGGCGUUUGCUACAACCCCAUGGAGGAGCACAUCAACUUUGCCGUCUCGGCCUUCAACAGCUGCAGCGAAACCAACGCUGCCCGGCUGGCCCAUUACUUGGAACAGGCCUUGCUGGACAUGCGGCUUCUGCUCCAGUCCACCCCCAAGUCCAAACUUUAAGAGGGGGAAGCCCUGGAGAGGCGAACUGCCUGCUCAACUUACUGUCAGCUGGGUGGCCUUCAUCCUGACCCUGGAUUCCCCCGAAGGAUGGAAGACUUUUCGUUGUUGCGAUGAGUUUGCGGGACGGAAAUGAACUCCACCACUUAAUAGGGGAGAUACCCCUGCCUCAUCCGCCUUCCUCUCCCUGCUCACCUUUCCUCCGCUCACAUCAGUCUGUGCCUUAAGAGCGUUUUCGCAGGGAGAAUGGGGAG